CAGUCCAAAGCCGCAGUAGCACGUCCUGCCCAACAAGAGAACUCAGUCCUUGCAAAUGCCUAGUCCUUGCUCCUGAGCAGAGUGGAGAGUCUGGGGUGGCGCCUGCUUUGGGGACACCUGCCCUGCCCUCACCCCGAUCUCCUGCACAAGCGCUGGCCCUGAUCCCGGCUCUCUGGAGGAGGUCGAGCUGCCCAGCCCCCUGUUUCUCUCUACGACCAGGUGAGCUUGCCAGCUGCCCCACCUCCCCUGGAUCCCCAGCCACAUCAUGAAGAGCAGCAGCAAAAGAGAUUCGAACCGGCGCGCGUUCAUGGAUCAGGUGCGGGAGUGCCGCGACAAUGGCUAUCUGCUCUCCUCCAAGAAGAUCGGUUCGGGAGCUUUCUCCAAAGUCUACCUGGGGUACGCCACCCACGAGAGAAUGCGCCAGAACUACAAGCUGUCCUCUGACCUGAGAGCCAAGCGCCACACUAUGGUAGCCAUUAAGAUAAUAUCUACAGCUGAAGCCCCCUUAGAAUACUCCAGGAAGUUCCUUCCCCGAGAGAUCUACUCCCUCAAUGCCACCUACAAGCACCUGAAUGUGAUUCAGCUUUACGAGACGUACCGGAACAGCCAGCGCUCCUACCUUGUUCUGGAGCUGGCGUCACGCGGAGACUUGCUGGAGCACAUCAACGCCACGUCGGACCGGCGCUGCUGCCCUGGGUUGGAGGAGGAAGAGGCCAGAAGGCUCUUCCGACAGCUUGUCAGUGCUGUGGCCCACUGCCACAACGUGGGCAUUGUUCACCGGGAUUUAAAGUGUGAGAACAUCCUGCUGGAUGAUCGAGGGUUUGUGAAGCUGACUGAUUUUGGCUUUGCCAAUCGGACCGCAGUGAAGAAUUCUCUGCUGAGCACGUUCUGUGGCUCUGUGGCCUACACAGCCCCUGAGAUCCUCAUGAGCAAGAAGUAUAAUGGGGAACAGGCUGACCUAUGGAGUCUUGGCGUGAUCCUUUAUGCCAUGGUGACAGGGAAGCUGCCCUUCAAGGAGAGACAACCCCACAAAAUGCUGCACCUCAUGCGCCAGAGCCUGGCCUUCCGGCCCAGCCUGUCUCAAGAGUGCCAGGACCUGAUCCAGGGUCUGCUCCAGCUGAGGCCGAGAGCCCGGCUGGGCCUGCAGCAGGUGGCUUCCCACUGCUGGAUGCUGCCUGCGUCCCAUGCCCUGUUCCACAAUGUGCUCAGUGCUACACCAGGGACUGAGGAGAAAGCCCUGAAGGGUGAGCUGGCAUCAGAAGAAUUGGAGGGAUCUGAACCACAGGACCAGGAAGCAGGAGUCCUGAUCCCUGCAACCAUAAGGAUGCUUGAGGGGCCCCCCGAGGCCAGCUCUGAGCAGGCCCCAACAAGCGAGCUGUCGGCAACGACCCUGCUCCGGCCUCCCAGUUCCCUCCUCCAGCUGCCAUCUCCCCAGCUGGCACAGCCUUUGGGUCCAGGUCCCGGCCCUGCAUCCCCACCCACUCGCCCUCCAUCAAUAGGUCGGCCCAGCAUACUGGCCAGCCUGAAGCCUAAUUUCCACAAGACUGGGAGCUUGCCAUCAUGGGCAGGAAUAGGGCCCCAGAGCCCUUCAGGGGGCAGCCUAGCCGGGCCCAGCGCUUCCCGGCAGAUUCUGUCCCUCUACUCUAUGUCUGUGAUUCGGAAAGCCCCGCUGCACCGCCUGGUCAACUGAGGGAUGGGAAGGGGUUGGAUUGGGUAAGGGGAGUGGG